UUUCUCUCUCUAACGGGGAAAGAGCGCGAAAUGGCAGCUUCCUAGAGAUCACACUUUCUCUCUCUAACUUUCUCUCGCUGUCUUUCCACAUCUUCUUCAUCUCACUCUCAAUGUUUUGGGAACGCGCUUUCCACUGUUCCAUUCCUCUCUCUCUCUCUCUUAAGUUUUAAAUUGUGUUCCAUUCCUCUCUCUCUCUCUCUAAGCUUUUAAAUUGUGCUCCAUUCCUCUCUCUCUCAGUUUUUAAAUUCAUUUCAUAUUGUUCUCGUGAUCUGCGUUUCUCUCUCUAAAAUUUUGAUCCUUUUCUUGGCAUUUCUCUCUCUAGAAUUUUGAUCCUUUUUUCUCCGCAUUUCUCUCUCUAGAAUUUUUAUCAGUUAAAUUAUCUCUCUCUAUCACUUUCUCUCUCCUCGAGCCAUUUUAUAACUCAACUGCUCUCACUGUCUCUGUGCCGUCUUAUUCCCUUUAUCGUUGCUGUUUCUUUCUCUCUCAUACUUUCUCACUCCUCAGUUUAGAACAUAGUGCAUUUUGCCAAUCAAGGAAAGACAUUGUAUAAUCUCUUGCAUUUCUCAUCUCUCUCAUCCCCUGGAUUCAUACCUGCUGUCUAAGACUGUUUUAUAUUAUCUCUGCAUUUUUCGCCUCCUCUCUCUCUCUUCUUUCCUCAUAAAACUGCUCUGCUCCUUAUCGCCUAUCUUCUCUCUCAUUUCUUUUCUCUCUCUCUCUCUCUCUCACAAUUCAUAUACCUCCUGUUUCCCUCAUAUCUCUUCAUUUCUUUGUUUUCAUAAUCUCUCUCUCUCUCUCUCUCUCUCUCUCUUGGUGGCAAUCUUCUCCCAUAAGGAUUGGGCAUGGGUAAUCCAGCUAAGUCUUCUUCCCCAAAAGCCAAUAGGUCUAUUGACAUAGGAGAGGACGAAAGCGUAGUCUUGAGCGGGUUGCUCGAUGCCUUUCCAAUGGUUCCACAUAAGGAGAUAGCCUCUGCGUAUUGCAAGGCUAAAGGGGAUGGGCACAAGGCUGCGGAAAUUCUCUCUGAGCUUCAAAAUAAUAACCAUGGCACUGUAAUUUCUGAUGCAGCUGAAAUUCUCUCUGGGCUUCAAAAUAAUAACCAUGGCACUGUAAUUUCUGAUGCAAAAUCACAGGAAUCGAUGCCUAUGAGUGUAAUUGAGAAGAAAAAUGAAACCCAUUUCAAGAAUUAUUCGAAAAGCCAAAAACCCAAGAAGGUUUCUGUCUCUAUGGGCACUGUUUCAAGUGUUUUGCUCAAAGGGUAUACAAGGCCUGUGGGAUCUAAUCAUAGAGAACCACAAAGAGCAAAUAAUCAAAAUGUGAAUUAUUCUUUGAAAUGGAAGGGGAAGGAAGUUAUGAAAGAAGAGGAUGUUAAAAAAUGUCCCCCGUUGUUUUCUGAGGAGGUGAAGAGUCCUACCAACACCAACAAGUGGGACCUUGAAGAAUUUUUCAUUUCAAUGCUUGGAGAUGGCUACCACCUUGACGAAAAUGAGAUUAGGAAAGUUCUUAGACAUUGUGGAUACGAUGCCAUAAAGAGUGUGGAUAGUUUGCUUAGCUUGUCACCCAGGAGCAUAAAUAAGGACACGGACAGCCUCUGCAGCAAGUUUGGUAAAUUAAUGAAUGAUGAAACAACAAUGGAAUUACCUUUACCAGAUGAUCAACAUCAUGUUGCAGAAGUGUCUCGCAGGGAAGAUGCUGGGUUUGUUGCAAAGAAAGGAACAGGAAGCCCUGACUCUGAGGCUCAGAGACAUGUUCUCCAACGGGAAGUUUUGGAAGCAUUAUUUAAUGUCCCUGAGAGACCUGAACAGGAGCCAAAGCUUUUAAUGCGAACUAAAGAAAUGAAGCAAAGAAUGGUAAUCAUACAAGAGGCUGAGGCUACACCGACUGCUGAUGUGGAACCGCAGCAAGUUUUGGAAACUGCUAAAGUAGAUGAGGUUGAUGAGUAUGAAGUCCUUAGAAGAACUGUGAGGCAGCACUGGGAAACAAUGAAGACAUAUUAUCAUGCUGCGGCAGAGGCAUACUCCAAUGGGAAUAUAUCCCAUGCCAAGUAUCUUUCCGAACAGGGAAAAUUCUACAGCAACAAGGCACGUGAAUCAGAUGAAAAAUGUACAAGGAAAAUGUUUGAAGUCAAAAAUCAGGACAUAAAAAAUGAAGUUACCCUUGACCUACGUGAUCAACAUGCAAAGCAGGCCCUGCGUCUUCUAAAGUUUCAUCUCUCAACACUUUCUAGCAUUCCAUCCAUUCAGUUCCUCAAGGUCAUUACAGAGAACAACAGCGAAAACAUGACAAAAGGGAGUCGUAAACGAUUGGUGACCAAAUUGCUGGAUAAAGAAUCCAUCAAAUGGAGACAAGGUGAAGAUGCAACAAUCAUGGUUCACAUAGAAGACGUUGACCCCAAAAAACUCAGCUUUGCAAAGCCUGGGAGUGAUGAUGAUUGAGCUAAACAAUUAGCCACACUCAAAAAAGAAAGAACACUUGGCCAGGAAAAGAUGGUGAUUUAAACAAAACCAAAAUUGAGGUGUAAGUGAAGUUUUUAUAUUAAUCUUUGUUGGCUUUGAACUGCUUCUUUUGUUGACUAUAUAACAUUUGAUAAUAGGAAGCAAAACUAUAAAUAAGAGAAACAAUCAGAGUGAAGUGGCAAGUAAAGAGAAGAUUUUCAAUUUAAGAAA